AUCUCUCUCUUCCCUUCUCUUCUAGAUUCUCUUUCUAGGCAAAACAAUCACCCAAAUUAGGCCCUACCAACGGAUGAACCCGCGUUCCCCUGGCUCCACUCUCUCUUUCUCAUUCAUUCUCGCAUUUGUGUCCCACUUCUGCAUAUCUCUGAAACAGAGAAGAAACACAACUUCUUCUUCUCUCAUUAAUGGCUCUUUCCCAACAUCUCUUUUGACCCUUUCUCCCAUACCCUCUUUGAUUUUGACGCAGAAUCGAUAAUGGAAAUCGAGGAUCCUCAACUACUGUGAAAAAUCAAGGUUCUUCAAUUUUGGGGACCAACCCAAUUCACUCAUUUCCUUGAUUGCCUACGAGAAAACGAAAAAUCAAUUGCUCCUCCAUUGUCAGAAAUAGCCCCUUAUGCCAUAUGCCCAAACCCUAGAGCUCUGGUAGCAAAUCCAGAAAACCAGGAUUUGGAAGAACCCACUAGACUGUUUCCUUGAUUUUUUCUCAACAGCGAGGAAUUACGGAGAUCAAACCCUAGUUCUCUGGUCCCCAAUCUUGAAGAACCCAAAUUCUUGAAUUUAAACCAGAGUGCAAGGAAUUCAAGAAUUUGGGUUCGUACCCAGAUGCUAGAACUUCUUGAAUCCUCUCAUCAAACACCUAUUUUCUUUGGAAUUUCUUGUUUGAUGGAAACACAGUUACCUACUCUGAUCUUUCUGAUUUUAGGGCUUGUAUGUAAUUUCCGUGCUCUUCUUGCUGAAUCACAGCCACAGAAUGUCCAUGCAUCACGCGCAUCUGUAACCCCAUCGACUCCUCCGCUGCUGCCACCACCAUCGCCAUCACCGCCAUCUCCGCCUCCUUCUCCUCCAUCUCCAUCUCCUUCUGCACCUCACCCUUCUCCACCUCCACCUCCACCAUCAACAUCCUCAAAAUCCCCACCAUCCUCAUCCCAUCCUGCACCACAAUCACGAUCACCUCCAGCACGAAAAUCACCACCACCUCGACCCGUAUCACCAACUCCACCACGUUCUACAAGCAGUCCGCCGCCGUCACCUAGGCAUGCGUUCCGCGGCAGCUCCUCAAACGGGAGCAGGACGGGGCAGCAAUCACCGUCAUCAACGAUGCGAAAUAGUCAUGCGAUGAACACAGGGCAGAAGAUUGGGUUGUUGUUUGUGGGUAUUGCUGUGAUUUUGCAGAUUGGCGUUGUUGGGUUCUUGGUUUUCAAGAGAAGGCAGCUGUUGAGGAUCCAAGAUAGAUAUGAAACUUGCUCUUCUUGAAUUUCACCAUUGUCAAGUUCAUAUCAUUGAUGGGUUAGAGGAGGUUUUAUUGGAAUUGAUAAUUUUUUUUUUCAAAUUCUUUGUUGGCAAAAGAUUGAUUUAUGGAUAUAAAUGGCAGAUCGUUGGGUAGCAAAUUUAGGGGUUGAUUCCCCUGUUCAAGUCCUUGAGGUAUUUCUGUAAAGUGGAAUUUGUUGAUUGGCGUUUUCCUAAUAUUCUUGCUAUUGAAUUUCAUUUUCUAAUGUAGUUUUAUCCGCACAGCUUAUAGUCUAGAGGAGUCGAGCCAUUUCUUUGUCAUGUCACAUAUUGUGCUAACAUACUUGUAAACAAUGUCUGGAAUCAUGGAAAUUGGAAGGAUUGCAAUGACAAUUUUUACAUCACAUUCUUUAUGUGCAUUCAA